GCCCACACUCCUCACAGCUAAAUUCGCGCAGACCCUCCACGCGCCGAGAAACCCGUGGGCGUGGAUUCCAUUUUCCAUUUUUUCACGCGGAUUAAAAAACGACGUAUAAUAAAAAACUCGGGUCAUCAAAGCAAGUGGAGAGGAAAUCGAACCCAAGCCUCAACCCCGUUUUUCAAUUCAACCAUCAACUGAUUCUCUGUUUUUUUUUUCCGUUUCCAUUUUUGAUUCGAUCGACCAAUCCGUUUGGUUUGAAGGUAUUUAGGGUUUCGUUCUUCUUCUCGAACCUCGGCUUGUGUGAAUCUGGUGGAGUUUUUGGGGGGAGGCGAUGGCCGGAUGGAGGGGAUCGAAAGGCGGCGGCGCCGGCGCCGGCGGAGGUGGGGCGGGGGCGUUGGAGCGGGUGUCGACUACUCAGACGGUUCGUCUAGGGAAGGUGCAGCCGCAGGCGCCGGGACACAGGACCGUGUUCUGCAACGAUCGUGAUAGCAACUCCCUCGCGAAAUUCAAGAGCAAUUCUGUCUCCACAACAAAGUAUGACGUUUUUACCUUUUUACCUAAAGGCCUUUUUGAGCAGUUCAGGCGGGUGGCUAACCUCUAUUUUCUGAUGAUCUCAAUCUUGUCGUGCACCCCGGUGAGGAGGUGCCAAGUUUAUGAUCUAACUAGACCUGUCAACAGCUGCAUGGCCUAUCUCACUGAUAAUAGAGAUGGGCAGGGACCGGGUUAUCCUGGCCAGUCUUAUUUGGGCAAUCCUGUAAGUCCGAUUACAAAUGUGCUUCCGCUGACGUUGGUGCUUCUUGUCUCUCUUAUAAAAGAAGCAUGGGAAGAUUGGAAACGUUUUCAAAAUGACAUGGCAAUCAACAAUUCUACCAUUGAAGUGUUGCAAGAUCAGCAGUGGGUGUUUAUUCCUUGGAAGAAGCUGCAGGUUGGGGAUAUUGUUCGGGUGAAGCAGGAUGGAUUUUUUCCUGCUGAUAUAUUAUUCCUGGCCAGUACUAACCCUGAUGGUGUGUGCUACGUCGAGACUGCAAAUUUGGAUGGUGAAACUAAUUUGAAGAUAAGGAAAGCACUGGAAAAGACUUGGGAUUAUGUGGCCCCUGAAAAAGUUUGUGAAUUCAAAGGUGAGGUACAAUGUGAGCAACCAAAUAAUUCACUAUACACGUUUACUGGCAAUUUGAUUGUUGAUAAACAAACCUUGCCUCUCAGUCCAAAUCAGCUUCUACUACGUGGAUGUAGUCUGAGAAAUACGGAGUAUAUUGUUGGUGCUGUCAUUUUUACUGGGCAUGAGACCAAGGUUAUGAUGAACUCAAUGAAAAUACCUUCCAAAAGAAGCACCUUGGAAAAGAAACUCGACAAGCUUAUACUUGCACUUUUUACUGUUCUUUUCUCUAUGUGUCUUUUGGGUGCCAUUGGCAGUGGUAUAUUCAUAAAUCGGAAGUACAUCUAUUUGCGGUUUGACAGAUCAGAGACACAAUUUGAUCCUGACAACAGAUUUGUGGUUGCUAUCUUGACAUUUUUCACCCUUAUAACUCUCUAUUCACCAAUCAUACCCAUUUCUCUGUAUGUUUCUGUUGAGAUGAUUAAAUUUAUCCAAUCCACUCAAUUCAUCAACAACGAUUUACACAUGUACCACACUGAGAGCAAUACCCCUGCAUUGGCACGAACAUCCAACUUAAAUGAGGAACUUGGCCAGGUGGAGUACAUCUUCUCUGACAAAACUGGGACUCUAACAAGAAACUUAAUGGAAUUUUUCAAAUGUUCGAUUGGGGGAGAAAUUUAUGGUACCGGUGUUACUGAAAUAGAGAUGGGAACAGCUCAGCGCACUGGAGUUAAAAUUGAUGUUGAGAAACAAUCAGAUGCACCACGUGAAAAGGGUUUCAACUUUGAUGAUGCUCGGCUUAUGAGAGGUGCUUGGAGGAAUGAACCUAAUGCUGAGUCUUGCAAGGAAUUCUUCAGGUGCCUUGCUAUAUGCCAUACUGUGCUUCCUGAAGGUGACGAGUCCCCUGAAAAGAUACGAUAUCAAGCUGCAUCGCCUGAUGAAUCUGCCUUGGUUACUGCAGCAAAGAAUUUUGGUUUCUUUUUCUACAAGCGUUCACCCACAACUAUUUAUGUUCGUGAGUCACAUGUUGAGAAGAUGGGAAAGGUUCAAGAUGUUGCAUAUGAAAUCUUAAACGUUCUUGAGUUCAACAGUACGAGGAAGCGCCAAUCUGUUGUAUGUCGUUAUCCAGAUGGUAGACUUGUACUCUACUGCAAGGGUGCAGAUACCGUGAUAUACGAGAGGUUGGUAGAAGGAUACAACGAUUUGAAAAGAACAACCAGGGAGCACUUGGAGCAGUUCGGAGCAUCUGGAUUGCGUACUCUUUGCCUGGCUUAUAGAAACUUGAGUUAUGAUGUAUAUGAGAAUUGGAAUGAGAAAUACAUUCAGGCAAAAUCUGCGUUGCGGGAUAGGGAGAAAAAAUUGGAUGAGGUUGCUGAACUAAUUGAGAAGGAACUUAUUUUGAUUGGAUGUACUGCUAUCGAAGACAAGCUUCAGGAGGGAGUACCUGCAUGUAUAGAGACCCUCGCUCGAGCUGGAAUAAAAAUUUGGGUGCUAACCGGGGACAAGAUGGAGACAGCUAUAAAUAUAGCUUAUGCUUGCAAGUUGAUAAAUAACAACAUGAAGCAAUUUAUAAUCAGCUCCGAAACCGAUGCUAUUCGAGAAGUUGAAGAUAAGGGUGACCAAGUUGAGCUAGCUCGCUUUAUGAAGGAGACAGUUAAAAAUGAGCUGAAAAAAUGUUUUGAGGAAGCACAAGAGUAUCUUCGUUCCGCGUCCAGACCUAAGUUGGCACUUGUAAUUGAUGGGAAGUGUUUGAUGUUUGCACUAGACCCGAGUUUACGAGUAAUGCUACUGAAUUUGAGCUUGAAUUGCAGUGCAGUUGUUUGCUGCCGAGUUUCCCCAUUACAGAAGGCACAGGUUACAAGCCUGGUUAAGAAAGGCGCAAAUAGGAUUACCCUAAGUAUUGGUGAUGGGGCUAAUGAUGUCAGCAUGAUUCAGGCUGCGCAUGUUGGUGUAGGGAUAAGUGGGCAGGAAGGCAUGCAAGCUGUAAUGGCCAGUGAUUUUGCCAUUGCACAGUUUCGCUUUUUGACUGAGUUACUCCUCGUGCAUGGACGAUGGUCUUAUCAUAGAAUAUGCAAGGUUGUGACGUACUUUUUCUACAAGAACUUGAUGUUCACGCUCACUCAAUUUUGGUUCACCUUCCAAACUGGAUUUUCUGGCCAAAGGUUUUAUGACGAUUGGUUUCAGUCGCUGUACAACGUUAUUUUCACGGCCCUGCCUGUCAUCAUUAUUGGACUUUUUGACAAGGAUGUGAAUGCCACACUGUCCAAAAAAUACCCCGAACUGUACAAGGAAGGAAUACGUAACGCAUUCUUCAGAUGGAGAGUGGUAGCGACUUGGGCUUUCUUCGCAAUUUAUCAGUCGCUCGUUAUGUACUACUUUGUUGUGGCCUCGAGCAACCGCGCCAUGAAUUCUUCUGGCAAGAUGUUUGGCCUCUGGGACGUUAGUACAAUGGGCUUCACCACUGUAGUUGUGACCGUGAAUUUGCGCCUUCUCAUGAUGUGCAACACAAUUACCAGGUGGCAUUACAUCAGUGUAGGAGGCAGCAUAUUGGCCUGGUUCGUUUUUGUCUUCAUUUACUCAGGCAUCGUGUUACCAAAAGAGCAGGAAAACAUAUUUUUCGUUAUUUAUGUGCUGAUGAGUACCGUCUAUUUCUACUUCACUCUUCUGCUGGUCCCAGUUGCUGCACUCUUUUGUGACUUUGUAUACAUGGGGGUCCAGCGCUGGUUUUUCCCGUACGAUUAUCAAAUCGUGCAGGAAAUCCACAGGCACGAGAUCGACAACAGCCGGAUUGGCUUACUGGAAAUUGGGAACAAUGAGCUCAGCCCAGACGAGGCCCGAAGUUAUGCCAUAAUGCAACUUCCGGGCCAGAAAUCGAAACACACGGGCUUUGCUUUUGAUUCACCUGGCUACGAGUCGUUUUUCGCAUCACAAGCUGGGGUUUACGUGCCCCAAAAGGCAUGGGAUGUGGCUAGACGGGCAAGCAUGAAGACGACAAUGCCGGUGCACGGGGAUCUGGACAGGCAGAUAGAGCAGCUGAUGGAGUGCAAGCCGCUGCCGGAGGCGGAGGUUAAGUCCCUGUGCGAUCAGGCGCGGGCGGUCCUGGUGGAGGAGUGGAACGUGCAGCCGGUGAGGUGCCCCGUCACCGUGUGCGGCGAUAUUCACGGUCAGUUUUACGACCUGAUUGAGCUAUUCCGGAUCGGCGGUAAUGCGCCGGACACCAAUUAUCUGUUCAUGGGAGACUAUGUUGACCGUGGUUACUACUCAGUGGAGACAGUAACGCUCUUAGUGGCUCUGAAAGUUCGUUAUAGAGAUAGGAUCACGAUCCUUAGAGGAAACCAUGAAAGUCGCCAAAUCACUCAAGUGUAUGGAUUUUAUGAUGAAUGCCUGAGGAAGUACGGCAAUGCCAAUGUGUGGAAGUAUUUCACUGAUCUUUUUGAUUACUUGCCCUUGACAGCACUGAUCGAGAGCCAGAUAUUCUGUUUGCAUGGUGGUCUUUCACCUUCACUUGAUACAUUGGAUAAUAUCCGAGCUUUAGACCGUAUACAAGAAGUCCCACACGAAGGUCCAAUGUGCGAUCUCCUGUGGUCUGACCCGGACGAUCGAUGUGGAUGGGGAAUCUCUCCACGUGGGGCCGGCUACACGUUUGGGCAGGACAUAGCUUCUCAAUUCAAUCACACCAAUGGCCUCACACUCAUUUCAAGAGCACACCAGCUUGAAAAGAAUGUGGUGACAGUGUUUAGUGCCCCGAACUACUGCUACCGAUGUGGGAACAUGGCUGCAAUACUCGAAAUUGGAGAAAACAUGGAGCAGAACUUCCUUCAGUUUGACCCGGCCCCACGCCAGAUCGAGCCAGACACCACCCGCAAGACUCCCGAUUAUUUCCUGUGAACUGAAAUUCGCUUCCAGAGCAUGUUUGCAGUCGUGUCUUGUGAGCUGUGUAUGUCUUAACUGGAGUCUGUUAGUGGAUGUUAAUUGUCAAAAUCAUUCUUACU